AUGGCUCUUGUAUUCAGUGUCCUGUUGCUGGCGCUAUGUGAAAAUAUUGCUUCAGGAGCUCAGUCUACAUCGACAAGCACUCCUGGGGCACUGAAUUAUGAAUUGCCUACCUCAGAGUAUGAGACCCCAGACACAUUCAACGCCGGGAUUGUUGGCCCUCUCUACCAAAUGGUACACAUCUUCCUCGACGUGGUCCAGCCGAAUGAUUUCCCUGAAGAAAUGGUCAGAAAAAUCAUACAGAGGAAUUUUGACUUCUCAGUUGAUUCAAAGGAGCCAGAAAACAUAAUCUUGGCUUUGAAGAUUGCCUACUAUGAAAUCGGAAUUCUGAUCUGCGCCAUCCUGGGGCUGCUGUUCAUUAUCCUCAUGCCUCUGGUGGGCUGCUUCUUUUGUAUGUGCCGUUGCUGUAACAAAUGUGGUGGAGAAAUGCACCAUCGGCAGAAGCAGAACGAGCCGUAUAGGAGGAAAUGCUUGGCUGUUUCGCUCUUGGUGAUUUGUCUGCUAAUGAGCCUUGGCAUCAUGUAUAGCUUUGUGGCCAAUCACCAGGUAAGGACCCAGAUCAAAAGGACCCAGAAACUGGCAGAGAGCAAUUUCAGAGACUUGCAAGUGUUCCUGAGCGAAACCCCAAAGCAAAUUGACUACAUAUUGGCUCAGUACAACACGACCAAGAACAAGGCAUUCUCAGACCUGGAUGGUAUCGAUUCCUUGCUGGGAGGCAGAAUAAAAGACCAGUUAAAACCCAAAGCAAUCCCUGUUCUCGACGAGGUUAGCGCCAUGACAAAAGCCAUCAAACAGACCAGGGAUGCCCUGCAGAGCAUGAACAGCAGCCUAGAGAGCAUAAGUGAUGGAAGCACACAGCUCAGUGCCCGCCUCACCUUUGUGAGAAACAACAUCGAGACUUCACUCAACAGCAGCGACUGUGCUUCAGACCCAGCCAGAAGAAUCUGUGAUAGCAUCAGACCAGGGCUAAGCAAUCUGGGGAGCAACCACAACUCAAGUCAGCUCCCAUCUGUGGAUGGAGAACUCAACACUGUUAAAGACAUCUCCAAAACUGAUCUGGAGAGCCUCGUCAAAAAGGGGUAUUCGGCGAUUGAUGAAAUACCUGGUAAGGUAGGAGACCAAACCGUGGCUGUCAUUGAAGAUGUCAAAAAGGCCUUGGAUUCCAUCAGCUCCAAAGUUGUGAAUGUGAGCAAAAGUAUUCCUAUUGAGGAGGUGCUGUUUGAAGUCUCUGGUUACAUUAAUAACAGCAAAAGUUACUUCCACCAGGAACUGCCCAAAGUGGAAGAAUAUGACUCAUACUGGUGGCUGGGUAGCUUGAUUGCCUGCUUCCUGCUGACCCUCAUUGUGACCUUCUUUUUCCUGGGCUUGCUGUGUGGCGUAUGUGGCUAUGACAAGCGUGCCACCCCCACCACAAGAGGCUAUGUGUCCAACACGGGAGGCAUCUUCCUCAUGGUUGGGGUUGGAUUCAGCUUCCUUUUCUGCUGGAUAUUGAUGAUCCUUGUGGUUCUUACUUUUGUCAUUGGUGCAAAUGUGGAAAAAUUGCUCUGUGAGCCUUAUGCAAACAAGAAAUUAUUACAGGUUUUGGACACUCCCUACUUGAUAAAAGAAGAAUGGCAAUUCUUUCUCUCUGGCUUGAUACUCCAGAACUCAAACAUUAACCUGACAUUUGAACAAGUUUACAGGGAUUGCAAAGGAGGUCGGGGUGUAUAUGCUACCUUUCAUCUUGAUAAUGUUUUCAACAUCAGUGAGAAUUUCAACAUUGAGAAGUAUACCAAAAAAAUGAUGAAUGAGUUGAAAAACCUGAAUGUGAAUAUUGAUGGCAUUGAACUGUUGGACAAAACAGGAAGGAAAAGCCUGCAUGACUUUGCACAUUCUGGGAUAGAUGCAAUCAAUUAUUCCAUGUACUUGAAGGAGACUGAGAAAUCUCCUACCAAAGUGGAUCUGCUGGCAUUUGCCUCUUCUCUGGAAGCAAAGGCAAACCAGUUGCCUGAUGGAAAGUUGAAACAGGCCUUGAACACAGAUGCACAGGAAAUUAGAAUCAUUCACCAGCAGCAAGUCCUUCCUUUGCAGCAAUCACUGAAAUAUGUGAAGGUGAGGAAUACUUUAAAAGAAAGUGUCCGGACUCUUAAGCACACAAGCGAGAAGUUGCCGGAGAAAGUGAACAAGAUCAUUGAAUCUUUGGAUUCUGCUCAGAAUUUCCUCACCAAUAACAUUUCUUCCAUCAUUAUUGAAGAAACAACGAAGUUUGGAGGAACAAUAGUAGGCUACUUUGAACAUUACCUGAAUUGGGUCUUGUACGCCAUCACAGAGAAGAUGACAUCCUGCAAACCCUUGGUCACCGCAAUGGACUCUGCUGUUAAUGGUGUUCUGUGUGGCUAUGGUGCUGACCCUCUG